AUGAGCAAGCGGCCAUCGGUGUGUCCAACGGCCCGGUAUACUCACCGACUUUGCGACUCCACGGAACGUCUGUCUGAUGCAAGUAAGCUGUACACUGCACAACCAUACUACGCCCGAGGGAGAAGUACAUCAGCUCCCCAGUCUUACCCGUUUAGGAAAAUUUCAUGGCCAAGAGAAAUCAGCCAGGCAGCGAUUCGAGCUCCCGACAUUGCCACACGGAGAGGGGGUUUUUUGUUUGCACCAGCAAUGACAAGAAUCAGACGUAGGAGUGACAAGUAA